AUGGCCAACAAUGCUACAAGAACCGCUCUUCUUCGAGGGGAUUGUCCGGCGCCUUUCUAUGAUGCUCAGCAGUUUGGAUAUGAUGGGUUUAUUGAUGGAAGAUUUUGUUCACCAUACGGGCAACUUGUUUGCUGCUUGCCAUGUCCUCUCACAGACUUCCUUUACCCAGAGAGCUUCAACACAGCAUAUCGCGUAGCUGAAGCGCUCAAUGUAGCUGGACUUAUCUGCCUGGUCAUCCUGCUGAUCACAUACCUGGUAUUACCAGCUGACAAGACUCGUCGACACUACCUCAGCUACUGUCUCAUUAUUGCUGCGAUUCUCAUGGCACUUGGUUUUGUGAUACCCUUCGGUGCUCAGCCGGAGCAGUGCUACGAUGAGAUUACCCCCAACGACAUGUACUCAAGUCUAACAUGCGCUUUCUCUGGUGCAUUCCUCAUCUCUGGAGGCAUGUCGAUGGCAGUUUGGAUCUUCAUACGCGCGCUUUCCAUGCAUCUCCAGAUCUGCUGGGAUGUCACGCCAGGAAAGAAGUUCUUUUACUGGGCACAAGGCCUAGGCUGGUCUGUUGCCGCAACUUUCUUCACCAUCACGAUCACAAUCACCGGAGUCUCUUUCAGAUUCGGUGAUGUCUGCCACGUGAAUGCCGAGCAUUCGAUGAAAGACUUCUGGGGUCCUUUACUGGCCAUUUCAGGCGCAGCCAUGGUCAUCCAGGUCGCUACCUUCGUAUACUGCAUCAAGGUGUAUCUCCAGAACAUGUUCAGCGAUGACAAAACCGAAACCCAAAGCAGUGCUGGCCUUCCCUCUUACACGACUAGCUUACGAAACCGUUCAGCACGAGCUGUUUACCGACGUGUUCGCAAAGUCCUAUACCUUCAAUGGCGUGGUAUAACGAUUGUGGUCUUCAUUCUUGUGGACGUCAUCUUCUUCUCCAUCGUAUUUAUCUGGCUGAAUUCGGUGACAUCGCACGCUACCGAUAAUGUUGAGGAGCUCUAUCCGUACAUCAUUUGCUUGAUGGAGAACCCUACCAAUCCAAAGCCGUGUUUCCCCCUCGGCCAGGAUAUGGCCGUCGACCAAUCUACAGUUACAGCAAUCUUAAUGAUGCUCUCCAUCGCUGGUCUUCAAGUUUUCUUCUUGCUUGGUCGCUGGAGUAUGGUAGUGGGAUGGCGGGACUUGAUCAGAAGCAAGUUCAGUAAGAACCGCGAAUUCGUAUCCUUGGACGCCAGACAUCCUACGGAGGACAUACGUCAAUUUGAGCUCAAGAACUUUGACGAGCCGCAAUCACCCCCAAAUACAUACAACACUCCGGGACUUGCCAGCUACGCCAUGGGCAAUGCUCGAUCCGACACUCCCGAGCAUUUCCAUAAGGAAUUUCAGCGCGACUACAAGAGUCCGACGCUGAGCUUUUCGACUCCUCGACCCCAAUCUCGGGCGGCUACCCAUGUCGACUGGGACCCUAGGUCAUCAAUGGCAAGAGGAGGACUUGGGCUGCACCCUCCAGACUACGACUCCAAAAUCUGA